CGGGGGGCCCCCCUGGGGGCCCCCCGGGGGGCCCCCAGGGGGGCCCCCAGGGGCCCCCGGGGGGCCCCCGGGGGCCCCUAGAUAUGUCUAAAGUGGUGUUGAAGGAAUAUGAAGAAACCCCUGCGGGGCCCACAACGCCGACGGGCAAUAUUAUAAUAGACUCUGUGAAUCGUUUGCUGGAUGAGUGGUACUUUGGCAAAGAAGAAGUGCAGCAGCAGCAGCAGCUGCUGCUGCAGCAGCAGCAGCAGCAGCAGCAGCAGCAGCAGCAGCGCGCGGCUGCAGCGGCGCGUGCAGCAGCAGCAAACAAGUGCAGAGGCAGCACGGACUACAGGGCCUUUUUGUCUUCUCUUUUUUCUUUUUCUUUUUUCCAAAAAAGUUCUUUUCCUCCGCUUCCUGCUGCAGUGCAGCAGGGCCGUUUUGCUGCUGCAGAUCCUUUUUCGCGGGAGCUGCUGAGUCAGCUUUCUCAGGGGGAAGCGGAAGUCCAUUUGCCCUACCUUCACUUCCACAAGCCGCUGCUGCAGCAGCAGCAGCAGCAGCAGCAGCAGCUGCAGCAGCAGCAGCUGCAGCAGCAGCUGCUGCAGCAGCAGCUGCUGCAGCAGCAGCACAGAAGCUCGAGCACCCCGAGGGAGGCGCGGCUGCUGCGGACAACAGCAGUCUAUUCCGGCACAAAAGACAGCAGCAGAAAGGUAAGCAGCAAAACAGCAAGCAGCUAG